AUGACUCGAACACUCUACAGCAUAUUCGAUGGCAAGGCGAACCAGCAACAACCUGCUAUUAUUAUUCCAUCAUCUGCCCCCAUUCCCAGUACUUUGACGUAUCCUCAACUUUUGGAUGCCAUUCGUCAAUUUUCAGCAAAGCUGCAUCAACUUGUGCCUGGUCUUGCACCUGGUGAUGCUGUUGCCAUUUCAUACCUCAACUCGCUCGAAUUUGUUGUUUCAUUCCUUGCUACCGGUUUCUUGCGUCUCGUAUCAGCACCCUUGAAUCCCAAUUACACGGAGGAUGAAUUCAACUUUUAUCUCGAGGAUUCCAAAGCCAAAGUCAUGAUCUUACCACCUGGAUCUAUUAAUGAUCCCAAGAACCCAGCUGUUCGUGCUGCGCAUAAACAAGGAACAGCCGUUUUGGAGUUGAGCUGGAAUGGCCGAGAAAUCGAGGUUGUUGCACCUGGAGGCAAAAAGGCAACGGCCACUGCAUCUUCAUCUCCAGCCUUCAAUCCUCAGCCAGAUGAUGUUGCUUUAUUGUUACACACCAGUGGCACAACGGGUCGUCCAAAGGGUGUUCCACUUUCCCAUCUCAAUUUGGCCACAUCGAUGCAUAACAUUAUCGGAACUUAUGAGCUAACACCGGCUGAUCGGACCCUUUUGGUCAUGCCUCUUUUCCACGUGCACGGCCUUGUUUGUGGUUUGCUUGCAACGCUCUUAUCGGGUGGUGCUGCCGUCAUUCCUCAAAAGUUCAGUGCUUCCCAUUUCUGGAAUGAUUUUAUAGAACAAAAGUGUAACUGGUACACUGCAGUGCCUACGAUCCAUCAAAUCUUAUUGCGUAAUCCACCUGCCAAGGUUCCCUCUAUCCGAUUCAUUCGUUCAUGCUCUUCCAGUUUGGCACCUGCUACUUUCCAUGCCAUUGAGGAACACUUUAAGGCACCUGUAUUGGAAGCUUAUGCCAUGACCGAAGCUGCUCAUCAAAUGACGUCGAACCCAUUACCAAAGUAUGGUAAACACAAGCCCGGCUCUGUGGGUGUUGGCCAAGGAGUGGAAGUGGUUAUUUUGGAUGAGCAAGGCAAGCCUGUGGAAGAGGGUGAAGUGUGUAUCCGCGGCGCCAAUGUGACACGUGGUUACCUUAACAACCCCAAGGCGACCGCUGAAUCAUUUACCAAAGAUGGUUAUUUCCGCACCGGUGACCAAGGCAAAAAGGACAAGGAUGGCUAUUUGGUUUUGACGGGUCGUAUCAAGGAAUUGAUUAACCGUGGUGGUGAAAAGAUCUCUCCUUUGGAAUUGGAUGCUGUGUUGUUGAGCAAUCCAAAGGUUGCUGAAGCUGUCAGCUUUGCUGUCCCUGAUCCCAUGUAUGGCCAAGAGGUUCAUGCAGCCGUGGUCCUCAAGGAUAAAUCACAUGCCCAAGGCAUCGAACGUGAGUUGCAGUCAUUUUGCCAAACCAAGGUGGCCAAAUUCAAAGUGCCCAAACGUAUCUACGUAACCGAUGUCAUGCCCAAGACCGCCACAGGAAAGAUUCAACGUCGUGUCGUAAGCCAAACCUUUUUCAAGGAACCUGCUGCUUCUCAAGCCAAAUUGUAA